AUGGAUGUGGAGCACGUGGAGGACUGUGAAUACCACGCUAGGGAAGGAGAUCGAGAAUAUAAAGACGAAGUGAAAAAAGUGACGGACAAACUUAUAUAUGAAAGGAAGAAAAAUUUUCAAGGCCAAGAUAACUACUGUCGCACUUCAUCUGUUAGUAUAUGUCCUAAUGUGUAUUGUAACAUUUACACAGAUCUGCACAAUUGGUUUGGAUUUAAACAUUGCAAAAAAAUCGAUACGGAGUCUUUAAACACCUGCUUUACGGAUAUAGCGAACGGGGGGGUGGGGUACUACGAAAAACUUAUCGUGUUGGGAGCAAGAAUAUUGGAGCUAUACAGUGAGUUGCAUUUUUUUAACAAAUAUAACUACGAGAAGGAGGAGGAGAUUGUCCAAGAUAUAAGAAACAUCAAGUCAGUAAAAGAAGUUGUCUUCCAAUACCUGUAUGUGCAGAAGAGAAAAAAUCGAGUCAUUUACAAAAAUAGCUUAUACUUAUUUGGCUACUCUUAUCUGUACACACCUCUAUUUUUUCGAAACAAAAAUUCGAUCAUAAAGUAUGUCAAGGCAUGCAUAGCGUAUGCUGUCAAAUUUAGUGGUGCCAAUAUAUUCUCUUGGAUGCCUUCCUUGAUAGAGCAUAUUUAUCACUCCCAGAAGGUGAAGGUAGCCGAGACGGAAGAGGAGAAUGAGUUGAUACAAGACCUGCAGGAGUUUUUCGGUUACCAGUUCGAUUACGUCUUGCCACGGAUAGCGGAGUGCUUCAGUCAGCAUAAUUUGUACAUUAGCAGUUCUCACCUCACGGGCUUGCAGAUCGUGCGCCUCUUCGCGAAUGAGUACUUCUCCUUGUUGGCCGACGACGUCAACAUCGAGGGGAAGGAGAAAACCACGUGGGUGCGCGAAGAAACGGAGGCCUUCCUCAACUCCCACUGCAUCGAAAUAUUCAGCUGCUGCAUGCUAUCUCUGCACAAGUACCUCGACGAGAAGGGGGUGAAGGUGGAUAAAAUAAAGGCCAUAUUUGAAAUGCUUCUUUCCUCCUGCUGGGUACUGGGAAGUGAGAAAAGAAACAAAGUGUGGGCAUGUGCCCUUGUGCAGAGGUUAAGGCAAGUGCAGCUGCUGACACAGAUCAGCACCAUCGAGAAGUGGUCAUACAGCAUCAAAAAGUAUAACGACCUGAACAUACAGAAUUUUGUAAAAGACAUAUACAAUUUUAAUAAUAUCAAUGGGAGUGUCUUAUCUCCUUUCCAAUUGCAAAACGUUAAUAUUUAUCUUCCCCCCAAGGAGGGUCCCUUGAAGGAAAUCCCCUAUUAUACGACGCUGGCCGACAGGUACAAGGACCGGUUCCCGCGCGGGGACAGUGCCAGGCCGGGGGGUAACGGCAUCAAUGCAAGAGGCAGCAACAGCAGGAGUAACAACAUCCGCAACCGAAACAACUGCCAACUCUAUGAUGUUUUAAAUAACCUUACCAGCAACAUAUAUAAGCGGUUCAGACCCAGGCAGCCCAGGAACAGCGCAUCCUCCGGCGUCACGCGCCUGGUCUACAGUAACAGGGAUGGGUGCCCUCCAGACAUGAGCUACCACGACCUGAAGGCCAGCCUUGCCACGGACGAAUCCACUAAGUACGACGCCACCCAGGAUUUGGACGUGGACGAUGAAGAGGAAGAGACCUACGGGGAGGAGGAAGACUCAUUCAUGCCGUACUGCGCGGACGAAGGAACCCACGCAAAGGGCCCCGAAACGGGAAAGAACGGAAUCCCUGUAAAAAUAAAAUACAUUAAAGAUGCAGCGGACGAUCGUAACUCCAAAUACGUCAUAGAGAUUCCCAAGCGGGACUUGGCAGACGGGGGCGGAAGAAACCACGUCAAGGCAGUUCUCUGGGGAAAUGGAAAAAAGGGCCUGGAAAUUAAACUCCCCUCCGAGAGUGACCUCAUGCCGCAUGUGCGAAUUAGAUGA